AAUUUUUCUUUUUUAAAAUAUACCAUUAUCUAUAGAACAAUAAAAAAGAAAAAUGAACCCUUAUCAACACGGAGGUCCUAGCUUUAAAAAGAGUGAACAAUGAUCUAAUUUUACCCUUCGUCCAAUCCAACGGCUAUUUACUAUCCUUUUGACUUUCUGUAUCCCCAUAAUCAUCCUCGUGGGUCCCAAACACUAUAAAAAAGUUAGUCAAUGCUUCUCACUCUCUCUCCAAAUCGAUGACGUGGGUAAAUCUCAAUGGUUCCUCCCUCCAUUUGACCGCAAUCAGGUCAAAAUCAACACCGCAGUGAAAAAAAAAGGAGAAGAAAAUCCUUGAAAAACAUUUUCUGAAAAAAUGAGUAAUAAAAAGGAUCAACUGUUUGACUCUCUCUCUCUCUCUCUCUCUCUCUCCUGCCUAUUUCAUCACCAGUGCCCCUCUUUUCAAAGUUUUCAACCUAUAUACUUCUCUCUCCUCAAAUCGCCCUCUCUCUCUCUCUGAUAAUUCCGUCAACUUUAUUCUGCCUGUUUUCCUUGUUGGAUGGUUUUUCACUUUUUCUCUCUCUAGAAAGAUGGCAGUAGAGCUGAUGCGCGGCUACAACUUCACAGCCAAGAUGGAAGAAAAUGCCGCCCAAGAAGCCGCCGCCGCCGGCCUCCAGAGCGUCGAGAAACUAAUCAGAUUACUCUCCCACUCCCACCAACAAAACCAGCAGGAGCCCUCCUCCUCCGCCGCCGACUACCAGGCCGUCGCCGAUGUCGCCGUUGACAAAUUUAAGAAAUUCAUUUCCCUCCUCGACCGGAGCCGGACCGGCCAUGCCCGAUUCCGCCGCGGCCCGAUUCCAAACCCCCCUCAGCCGCGACCUCAGCCGAAGGUCGAACCGGUUACCGAACCGGUUGGCCCGCCCCCUCAACCGCCGAAAACCGAGGAGAAGGAACCGGGUUCCAAGAUUUACCACCCCACGCCGAUUCAGCGGCUGCCGCCGCUGCCGCUGCCGCACCACCACCACCAGCUGAUUCGGAACGGCUCCCUCGAGCGGAAGGAGUCGACGACGACAAUCAAUUUCUCGUCGCCGGCGAACUCCUUCUUGUCGUCGGUUACCGGCGACACCGACAGCCUGCAGCCGUCGAUGUCGUCCGGGUUCCAGAUCACGAACCUCUCGCAGGUCUCCUCCGGCGGCCGACCGAUGGCCUCGACGUCAUCGUUCAAGCGGAAGUGCAGCUCCUUGGACGACUCCAGCGCCAAAUGCGGCGGCGCGUCGUCGGGCAGCCGCUGCCACUGCCCUAAGAAAAGGAAAUCAAGAUUGAAGAAGGUAGUGAGAGUGCCUGCUAUAAGCAUGAAGAUGGCCGAUAUUCCACCUGAUGAUUACUCCUGGAGAAAAUACGGUCAAAAGCCCAUCAAGGGCUCUCCUCAUCCUAGGGGAUAUUACAAAUGCAGUAGUUUAAGAGGGUGCCCGGCCCGAAAGCACGUGGAGCGGGCCUUGGAUGACCCGGCAAUGCUAAUAGUAACAUAUGAAGGAGAUCACAAUCACGCCCAUUCCAAUGCGGAGGCGCUGGUUCUCGAAUCAUCUUGAUCCACGGUCUAGAUUCGGCCGGGCGCCUAAGAUGCGAUCGCUGCCGUCAAAAACAGAAUUGUUCGGUCAACGAUGGACAGAAUUGGGCCCCAUUUUGUUUAUUUAUUACUGCCACCCUCUCUUGGCUUUAUUCACCCCUUCAAUAUUAUACAUGUGGAAGUAGUGAGGAGAGCAAAUUGUGGAUUUUGGUGGCUCAUUCAAUUUAAUCAUGGUUGGAACUUGGAUGGAUUUUUGCUCAAAUUAUACGUUUAUCAUCA